AUAUAAGAUCCUUUUACUGAUUGACCCAUCAAGGAUGGAUAGGGACAAGGACAAGAUGGCAGAGAGGAUAAUAAAUAUCACCCUAGAGAUCCUCUUCCGGCUUACUGGAGAGGACUACACAGUAGUGAAGAAGACCUCUAGUGAGUGUUGUCAGGCCCCUGUAUCUGAAGGAACGGGAAGAACCCUGAGCCCUAUCACGGGGCCCCCACCUCACCUCCUGAUACAUGAGGAAAUCAAUACAAAGAAGAUCCUAGAACUCGCCAACAAGAUGAUUGAGCUGCUGACUGGAGAGGUUCCUAUAAGGUAUCAGGAUGUCACCGUCUAUUUCUCCAUGGAGGAUUGGGAGUAUUUAGAAGAACACAAAGAUCUUUACAAGGACAUCAUGAAGGAGGAUCACUGGCCUCUCACAUCACCAGAUGACUGUACCAGGAACUCAGAGAAAAAUCUGGUAUCUUCAGAUUUUGAAGUAGAUGAUUGUGGUAUCACACAAGAUACAUUUGAAGAGCAUGCCAAUAUGCAAGAUAUACCCUCAACCAAUCACAGUCACAAUGCAUCAAUUGAUUCUUUUAAACACGUCCGAUCUUCUGAUUCAUCACAGACUGUAACACAGAAUAAAAGUCAUAGAAGAGGUGCUAAACAUCAAACAGCUCAUUUAAGAGGGAAGCCAUUUUCAUGUUCAGAAUGUGGAAAAUGUUUUAAGACUAAAUCAGAUCUUGUUAGACAUCAGAGAAUUCACACAGGGGAAAAGCCAUUUUCAUGUUCAGAAUGUGGGAAAUGUUUUCAACAAACAACACAUCUUUUUAUACAUCAGAGAACUCACACAGGGGAGAAGCCAUUUUCAUGUUCAGAAUGUGGGAAAUGUUUUCACCAAACAUCACAUCUUUUUAUACAUCAGAGAAUUCACACAGGGGAGAAGCCAUAUUCAUGUUCAGAAUGUGUAAAAUGUUUUAAGACAAAAUCAGAACUUGUUAUACAUCAAAGAAGUCACACAAGGGAGAAGCCAUUUUCAUGUUCAGAAUGUGGGAAAUGUUUUAAGACAAAGUCAUAUCUUGUUACACAUCAGAGAAAUCACACAGGGGUGAAGCCAUUUUUAUGUUCAGAAUGUGGGAAAUGUUUUAAGAAUAAAUCAGGUCUUGUUAUACAUCAGAGAAAUCACACAGGGGAGAAGCCAUUUUCAUGUUCAGAUUGUGGGAAAUGUUUUAAGAAUAAACCAGAUCUUGUUACACAUCAGAGAAAUCACACAGGGGAGAAGCCAUUUUCAUGUUCAGAAUGUGGAAAAUGUUUUAGAUUUAAAUCUGAGAUUGUUAUACAUCAGAGGACUCACACAGGGGAGAAGCCAUUUUCAUGUUCAGAAUGUGGGAAAUGUUUUCAACAAACAUCACAUCUUUUUAUACAUCAGAGAAUUCACACAGGGGAGAAGCCAUAUUCAUGUUCAGAAUGUGGGAAAGGUUUUAAGACCAAGGCAGAACUUGUUAUACAUCAGAGAAAUCACACAGGGGAGAAGCCAUUUUCAUGUUCAGAAUGUGGGAAAUGUUUUAAGAAUAAAUCAGGUCUUGUUACACAUCAGAGAUCUCACACAGGGGAGAAGCCAUUUUCAUGUUCAGAAUGUGGGAAAUGUUUUCAACAAACAUCACAACUUUUUAUACAUCAGAGAAUUCACACAGGGGAGAAGCCAUAUUCAUGUUCAGAAUGUGUGAAAUGUUUUAAAACAAAGUCAGAACUUUUUAUUCAUCAGAGAAUUCACAAAGGGAAGAAGUCAUAUUCAUGUUCAGAAUGUGGGUAGAAAAUGUUCAGAAUGUGGGUAAAAAAUCAUAGUUAGACAUCAAAAUUCUCACAUAUAAAAGAAGCAAUCGUCAUUCUUAAUCCUUUAGUGACCACUAAUAUGUGUUUUUUGUUUUUUUUGGUGGUCACUGACUUUAUUCCGUCAAAUACUCCUUUUUACAGGGAGAUAAAACAGCGCCUUGCUUUCAGUUACCAGAGGUGGCCGAGUGCUUGGAGAGAUGAUUAGGACCACUUAAAAAUAAAUGGGC